UACGGUAUUUAGUUCACUUGCGCGUUUUUAUUUCUCGACUAACUUAACUGCAAUAGAGGUCCUACAGGUAUCCCGCGACGCGUCACAAGAUGAAAUCCGAAAAGCCUACCGCAAAGUACGGCCCCGACGCCGCCCUAGCAAACCACCCGGAUAAAUUCCCCGAAGAAGAACGAGAUGCCGCGUCGGUUCGGUUUCAGGAAGUCCAGCAAGCGUACGAAAUUCUUAGCGACGAUGACAAGCGACAUCUCUAUGAUACACAUGGCAUGGGCGCCUUCAACGGCUCCGGUGAGCCGGGGAUGAACGGCGGCCCCGACCUCGAUGAUAUCCUCGCGCAGAUGUUUGGAAUGGGAGGCAUGGGCGGUAUGCCCGGGAUGGGCGGCAUGCCGAGGCCACGACAGAGCCCGGACGAAGAGCAGAAAUACGAAGUCAGCUUGGAAGAGCUCUACAGGGGCAAGACAGUCAAAUUCGCGAGCACGAAGAACGUGAUUUGCAGUUUGUGUAAGGGCAAGGGUGGCAAAGAGAAGGCGACGGCGAAAAAGUGUUCUACUUGUGAUGGCCACGGCUUCAAAGAAGUCCUCACGCGCAUGGGUCAAUUCUUGACCAAGUCUACCCAGACCUGCACAACCUGCAAUGGCGAUGGCCAGUUCUUCGCAACUAAGGACAAGUGCAAGAAGUGCAAGGGCAAGAAGACGACCGAGGAGAGAAAGAUCCUGGAAAUCUACAUUCCCCGGGGAGCAAAGGAUGGCGACCGAAUCAUCCUAGAAGGCGAAGCAGACCAGGUCCCUGGCCAGGAGCCCGGCGAUAUUAUCUUCCAGCUCGAAGAAGAGAAGCACCCAGUCUUCACGCGCGCGGGCGCAGACCUCAAGGCCACAAUCGACAUCACACUUGCCGAGUCACUGACAGGCUUCUCCCGCGUCGUCCUCAAACACCUUGACGGCCGCGGCAUCGAACUUGCACACCCGAAACCCGGCCACAGCCAGAUUUUGUCGCCCGGCCAAGUCCUCAAAGUCCCCGGCGAGGGAAUGCCGAUCAAGCGCUCCGACGCCCGCGGCGACCUCUACUUAAUUGUAAACGUUAAAUUCCCUGAUGAGAAUUGGAAGCCCUCGCCUGCUGUUCUGGAACGGCUGAAAGAGAUGCUUCCCAAGCCUGGUCCACAGAUCCAGGCAGACACCGUCGAUGAAGUCGAGUACGACCCUAAAGGAAACGUAGAGGAAUUUGGCUCGAAGGAUCCGUCUGGUGGAGACGCGUGGGAGGAUGACGAUGAGGAGGGCGAAGGGGCACAGUGUACGACACAGUAAUUUGACGUCAAGUCCUCGCUUUUGGCAUUGUGGUUUCUUUGCUUGUCAUAUUUGAUACCAUUCCGGAUUUUCGUGUCUUUGAGGGUUCUUCAUGAGACGAUAGAUUAGAUGCAUGCACUCACACUCAUCUCCGGCAUCAAGGCGUUGGGGUGUUUGUCCAGGUGGUUAUGAAUAUGAACAUGAAUGAAGAUAGGGGCACUGGU